UUUCCCCCACAUUUCUCUAUAUAUCUCGGCCGAUUCGAAUUUUGGGCAUAUCAUCUCAAAUGGGUCUCUCUCGCGUCUUUUCCCGCUUAGCUAAAACCCCUCUAACUUCUCUUUAUGCUUCCCCAAAACCCUUCAAAAACCACUCCCAAAUUCACCCCAAUCUCCAUAACUUCACUCAGUAUCUGCAUGCACCUCAAUUUAACCGCAUUAUCUACGCUUUUUAUCGAUCAAUCCAUGAAAGAUCAGUAAACCCCCAUCCUAAUAACCAAACCCCAGAUUCCAAACCCCAGAAAAUCAUUGAAGAAACAGAUCACAUCUGCAAAAUAGUGCUAAACCAUCGCGCUUCGCAGAAAGACUUUAACUCUAACCUCAACUCUGCCUCCGUAGUUCCAUCUCCGGCAUUGGUUGCCGAGGUUUUGAAAAGGCUUAGUAACUCCGGCAUUCUCGCGUUGUGGUUCUUCCGGUGGGCCGAGAAGAAGGAUGGGUUCCAGUACACAACCCACAGCUAUCAUGCUUUGAUUGAAGCUCUGGGGAAGAUCAAACAGUUCAAGAUGGUCUGGAUUUGUGUUGACGAAAUGAAGAAGAAAGGGGUGUUAUCAAGAGAGACUUUCGCCCUCGUAUCGAGGAGAUUCGCUCGGGCUAGGAAGGUAAAGGAUGCGAUAAAGGCGUUUGAGAUGAUGGAGAACAAGUACGGGAUGAAGGUUGAGCUACAAGACUUCAACAGAUUGUUCGAUACUCUGUGUAAGUCCAGGGCCGUUGGGAGAGCACACCAGGUGUUCGACGAAUGGAGGCACACAAAGUUCAGCCCAGAUAUCAAGUCUUAUACUAUACUCUUAGAAGGAUUCGGGGAAGAAAGGAAUCUGCUGAAGCUUAACGAAGUUUAUCGUGAAAUGAAGGAUGCUGGGUUUGAGCCGGAUGCUGUGAGCUAUGGGAUCAUGAUCAAUGCUUAUUGCAAGGCUAGGGAGUAUGGUAAAGCAGUAGAGAUGUUUCAUGAAAUGAAAAGGAAGAAGAUUGAACCCACACCUCAUAUAUAUUGCACCCUGAUCAACGGGUUGGGCUCGGUGAAGAAGCUGAGUGAAGCUCUCGAAUUCUUUGAGCUAUGUAAGAGAAGCGGUUGUGUGAUCGAGGUGCCUACGUAUAAUGCUUUGGUUGGGGCAUAUUGUUGGUCAUCACGAAUGGAUGAUGCAUACCGGAUAAUUGAUGAGAUGAGAGCAAGUGGGAUCGGUCCAAAUGCCCGAACAUAUGAUAUAAUUCUCCACCAUCUGAUAAAGGCUCAGAGAAUAGAGGCGGCUUAUUCGGUUUUCCAGAAAAUGGAGAAUGAUCCCAGGUGUGAGCCAACAGUGAGCACGUACGAGAUCAUCGUGAGGAUGUUCUGUUGCAAGGAGCGCAUCGAUAUGGCUAUGGCUAUGGCUAUGAGGGUUUGGGAUAAGAUGAAAGGUAAAGGAAUCCUUCCAACCAUGCACAUGUUCUCGACGCUAAUCAACAGCCUUUGCCAGGAGAAUAAAGUGAAUUUUGCCUGCAAAUACUUUCAAGAAAUGCUCGAUUUGGGCAUUAGGCCUCCCCUCGCAUUGUUCAGUAAUCUGAAACAAGCUCUCCUAGAUGAAGGCAAAAAAGAUACAGUCAUUGCAUUGGCUGAGAAAGUUGAGAAACUAAGGAAAACUCAAUUGGUUGGUUAAAAACUGAAUUUCGCAGCCAUUGAAUUUGAAUUUUCUUCAUUUACUUGUGAUGAUUCUCUAUA